AAACGCACAUGUACAAUCCCAAACCGAGUCAAAUCGUUUUACAAAUGAAUACAAGCAUAUAUUUAUAAAAUUGCCGCAGAACGUCAAAUUACAGAAAAAAACUAACCAAAUUAAUGCACAAUGCUUCCUUUAUUACGAAUUUAACACACGUCACAAUGAAGGCAUUGUUUUAACAUUCCAGAAAAUUGGUUUAAUUUUAAAAAUGGCUAAUGUUAACAAGCAAUGCUGAUUAUUUGUACAAUUGUGGCAAGUAAAGAUCAUUGUUGAAUUAUUGUGACUGAAAUAAAAUGAUUCCUACAGGCAAUAAGGUGGACGAUUCAACAGGGGAAACAUCAAAACAAACUGGCGAAGAUGGCAUAGUAAAGAAGAAGAGUGGAUCGAAAUCGAAAUCCGGCCGUUCGAAAACAAAAUCAAGCAAAGGGACAACUGGAAAGCGGGAGUCGAGAAAACACAAUGAUUCCGCUAGAAGUGGAAGAAGGGUUGAUGACGAGCGUGUUGUUGACGCGAAUGGUUCGGUUAGUGGUGUGUCUACUCAGGGGAAUUCCCCGGUUGCGGGAACUGCCUAUCCUAAGCAAGUUGCGACUUCAAGCGAUGAUGGCAGGGUAAAGGCGUCUCAGAAGUCGACGAACAACGUCGCGCAAACAGUCAACGAAAUACACGACGUCAUAAUCAUACAAGAAGAAGACGAUCCACGCGAAACAUACGCAAGACAACCAACGAAAGUGACCGUUAUGAAAGCUGACGGUGGGGAGGAGACCGCUGUCGUCAUCGAUACGUCAAUGCUUGAUGACGUCAACCAACCUGCAAAUGUGGAAGUUGGGAAGAAUGGCGGGAUGAGCGAUAUUGUUGCUGCGAGUUACAACAUCGCGACUUCUAAUGACGUCAUGGACGAACAGCCGCAGAUCGGCGAACAUGGUGACUUUGAUUCGAGAAAGAAAAAGAAUGCUAACAAUAAUUCAGACGAGUCAGGUCAUGAAAUGGCAGGGAAGGAAUACACAGAGAUGAGUGAUAUUACAUUGGGUCAGGUGCAGGGAUCUUACACACAGGCACAGGAUUAUGUAGAAUACAGUCAGCCACAACAUACAAGUUAUCAGAGUCAGCCAGCAUCAAAUGCAGGAUGGUAUCAACAUGAACAACCCGUGAUUCAGGGACAAGUUGUACAUGAUCCAAGUGUUGCUUCAAAUGUAGCUUACCCAUCCCAGAAUUCAAGCCUAGGCUACACACAGUCAUAUAAUCAACAUUUUGGGACAGCACCUGGAUACAUUCCACAAUAUGCAGUUGGACCAGGUGGACAAUAUUUUCGUACCCUGCCAGGUGGAGAUGGACUGAGGUAUGAGAUAGUGGAACCAUCCACAAAUCUUAUAUUGGGGAAUCCUCAGAUGGGGAUAGCUGGGUACAGGGGAAGCACCAGUGGGGGUUAUGGGGUUGUGUCACCAUCUGUGUCCACACAGCCAAGUGGAACUUAUCCUCCUAUGGAGGAGUGGGAGGAGGAGGGAGAAAAUGAUGAGGAGAAGAUAAAAGAGGAGAAACUAGCUAAGAGGAAUAAAAUAAAAAGACCAAUGAAUGCAUUUAUGGUGUGGGCCAGGCAGAAAAGAACGAUAUAUGCAAAAAAUAACCCGGGUUUAAACAACGCAGAUAUUAGUGUUAGACUUGGUGAAAGAUGGAACUCAAUGACAGCAGCACAGAAACAACCUUAUUAUGAUCAAGCUGAUAAAAUUAAAGCCGAUCACAAGAAAGAACACCCAGAUUGGACUUACCAGCCAAAACCCAAGCGUCGUCGAAUGGGUCAAGGUACCACGUGGUUGUAUGCUGUUACUGAGAACACACGAGUUCCAGGCACAUCAUCACCACAGAUUGGAAACGUUAUGACGAUCCCUAUGCCACAAGUACAACCCACACACCCCAUGUACGGCAACCAAUCAAUACCACCAGGUUCAAUGACACUUCCACCACACCUUGCACAGAGAGGUGCCCUACUAACUCCUGGUCCCAAUGGACCAAUGUUCAUGCAAAACCAAGUAGGCCAACCAAUGAUAUUUGGGGGCGCGGGACUUUCACAAGGACAGGUCCAUGUACUAGGUGCCCCACCCUUAUACACACAACACUCCAUGCUUCCCACACAAGAAUAUUCAACAGAAGCAACCCAACCAAGAAGCAAUACUGCUCCAAGUAGCAGGUUUAUGAUGAUGGGAGGAUACCCUGUGAUACCCCCGGUCGCGAACUUGGUGGCUACAAGUGGGGUUCCGCAGACCAAGUCUUCAGAUCUUACAGAGGAUGCAAGGCGUGUCCUUGAUAUUGGAGGAAAUUCUACAAACGAAAAUAAAGCUGCAAGAUUGCACGAGAAGACAGCAGGCUUGAACAAACCGGUUCUGGCUGGUUUCAGCGACCCCACUCUCCACACACUUCGUGACUUCCUACAACCAGGAGUUGCUGACAACCAAGUUCACAAGAGUGACUAGAAACGUCACGGACAAAUUUUAACGCACAUAGACGUUAGAUUGAUUGUGUUCUGUAUUCGUUCAUUGUUUUGUUGCAGCUUCGUUUCUCUGUGUCAAAUAAACCAUAAAACCAUCGCA